AUGACAUCUUCCAAUAAUGGAGUAACGAGAGCUAUUGGCACUGCCACCAACGCUAUUAAGGGCCAAAUCGAAAAUACAGCAGAUAAAGUUAGAGAAGUCAUUAAAGAUCACCCUCUCGCUUCACUUGCCGUUGCCUCUGUAGCUACAGCCGUAACUCAAGCUACUGCUAAUCGCUUUAUUGGUUCGUCAGCUGAGGUCGUUUGUAAAUGCAUUACCAAUUGCACCUGCGGAUAG